AUGAGCGGAGGAACCAAAUACCAUUUCGACGAACAGAAAGAAAAACCCACUGAAGAUGAUAGCUCCGCUCCCGUUUGUUCCUCGGCGGCCAUCUUCUCCGUCGACACGUUGCCAUCGCCACCCGUCUCCGCCCAGCUCGCCUUCUUCUCCGGCGCAUCUGCCUUCCCUGCCUCUUUGCUCGAUUCUUCCCCAAAAAGUUAUGUUGUUGUAGUGUUCACUUUAAAGGUUAUAGGAAACAUGAUAAUGAGCUUAGAGCCUGAGGGUGAAGAGCAAGAGAAAUUUCGAGAUUAUUUCAAGAUCAUUUCUUCUGGUGAAGAGCAAGAGAAAUUUCGAGAUUAUUUCAAGAUCAUUUCUUCUUCCUUUGCAUCCUUGCCUUUUAAUAUACCAGGGACUGCCUUCUAUCAUGGCACGAAGGCACGGGAUGGGAUGUUUGAGAUGUUAGACACGAUAAUAGCAAGAAGAAGAAAUGGAAGUGAUUUGCAACAAGAUUUAUUGGGGUCAUUGAUUAAGAAGCAUAUAAAAGAAGGAUCAGAAGGAAAAGAUGACGAUGAAAAACUAACGGAUGCACAAAUGAAGGACAACGUAUUAACACUGCUAAUUGCAGGUCACGACACGACAUCGCUGCCCUUACAUGUAGAAAAUCAAGCAGCCUUGGAUCAACUCAAAGAGGAACAUAUGGAAAUCCGGAGCAAGAGGAAAUCUGGAUCAACUCUCACAUGGUCAGAAGUCAACAACAUGCCUUAUACGACAAAAAAACAAAAUAAAAUCAAUUGGAGUCUAAACAAUUAAGGAAGCGGCAUACCCUGCCGGUUG